AUGUCUCGAAAUAGUUCGGAUUUUGAUGGUUAUUACGAUGAUGAUAGCAUAAUAAAUCAGGAUAUGGCUAAUUUAUCCCUAGAAUCGUCCAACACCGAUGAUGAUGGUUUACUUUCUUCUGGUUUACCAAGCCUAACCACUACAAAACAUGUACUCACUCCACCUGAUGACAGUAGUAACACGGAGUCUGUUAUGUCCAGUGCAAAUUUACGUUCUACAUUGACAGAUGAUUAUGAUUCUAUAAACCAGUCCACUUUACAAAAUGUCAUGAAACGUAAGAGGAGUGAACAGCCCAUGUCUCAAACCGCAAAGACGAUGCUGAAAUUGUAUGGAAAUAGUGCUGAAAGGGAAAGAGAACAAGAGGCAAAGAAUGCCAGUCUGCUCAGUUUGCCCAAUACAAAGAAAUUCAAGAAUGAAAGCGCCGGCACCGAUUCUGAUGUUGAUGAUGAUAAUGACGAUGUGGAAGUAAUAUUGAAAUGGAGGGAACCAAUAGAUCAUAAUUCAGCAGUGGCCAUUGUUAGUAAAGAUAUAGUGUCUACUUUAUUAACUAUUGCAAAGACUCAUAAAUCAAGUAUAAUAACCUUCAUAGAAAGGAAAAAAUUUAAAAUAAAUUUGUUAUAUGACAUUGUAACAAAUGAAUGGUACCUACCUAAUCUGUUUCUGCCACCAGGAAUCUAUAAGUUACAAUUUCUCAUAAACGGUAAUCUUAUACAUUCAAAUUAUUUACCAACCGCAACUAAUGCUAAUGGUAAUAUCGUUAAUUGGUUUGAGGUAAUAUGUGGCUAUAAAACAAUAGAACCAUACCGUGAUGAGGAAAGAAUUAUUCAUAGGGAAAAGUCAACUGCAAAUGAAUCUAUCUCCUCGAAUUCACUGACUGAUUACGCUGGUAUUAGUAGAUCAAGUUCAAUAGUAAGUAAUAAAUCGUCAUUAAUUUCUUCAUCAUUGAAGUUAACAAAUCUGAACUUAAACGAUGAUGAAAUCAAAUAUACAAAUGAAAUUCCAGAAAUUUUCAAAUUUGAUUCGACUGCAAAUUCAAAUGUUAAUAACCAAGCAUUUGAUAUGAGUCUAUCUAAAGUUAUAGAUUUAAAUCAAGAUCAUGUUUUCGCAAGUUUACAAAAAAUUGCAAGAAUGAACACUGAUGAAGCUGAAAAUUACUUUCUCAAUAGAUUCAAGAUACAUGAUUUGCCAAUAUACUUAAAUUCAAAUUUCUUGAACAAGAUUUUUAUUCGUGAUAAUAAUAAUGAAACGACAAAUAAUACUGUCCCACAUGUCAAUUUAAAUCAUUUAUUGACCACCUCCAUCAAAGACGAUACCCUAUGUGUAGCAUGUACAACAAGAUACGUGGGGAAGUUCAUUACUCAAAUAAUGUAUGCUCCUUCAUCACCAACACAAAGUGACUGA